UAACGCACUCCAGUGCAGAGAAGGACCCCUCCGGUUACUCUGAGGACCCGGUUGGCGCGACUGCAUCACUGCCGGAUGGCAUCCGGCAUCUCGGCUUGGAGAGGCUCCUCAGGCGAAAGGGCAUGGAAGCCACUGGGACCUUGAGCCUCGGUGGGCCCUACCCCGCUUCCCUCCGGGUGGCGGCGCUGUGACGAGCGACGGACCGGCGCAACGAAAGGCAGCCCUCUGCUGCCCGGAGAAAAGCAGAGGCCUGGGCUACCCGCCUCGGGAGGAGGGACCCGAGGGCAGUGCUCGGGGGCAGCGGGACGCCGCGGUUGAAGGCGCGCGUGGGCGGCGGGGGCUCAGGGUGGAAGGAGUUACAGGAUGUCAGAGAAAGAUGCCUCCGGGGAAGAGGCGAGCUAAAGCCUGGAUGCCACUACCUGCCUCAAGACACGUGGGAGACGGGGGCGAGGCUGGUGUCAAAGAUCCAGGGUUCCGUGCCCUGAGUUCAGGGAAUUAGUUUGAUGUAGGUCAUAGGUCGCACACAGAGGGAUCCCAGCCACUAUGGAGGACCCGCAUCCCGAAGAGACCAUGGAGCAGCAGGAUUCGUCCAAGGAGAGGAGUCCCCGCAGUCCAGGAGGCGACGUGUGCCACCUGGGGGCCCCGCAGUGCACCCGCUGCCUCAUCACCUUCGCCGAUUCCAAGUUCCAGGAGCGUCACAUGAAGCGGGAGCACCCAGCGGACUUCGUGGCCCAGAAGCUGCAGGGGGCCCUCUUCAUCUGCUUCACCUGUGCCCGCUCCUUCCCCUCCUCCAAGGCCCUGAUCGCCCAUCAGCGUGGCCACGGUCCAGCCACCAGGCCCUCCGUGCCAGUUGCACCCGCCGCUGCCCCGCCCACCUUCCCCUGUCCUGACUGUGGCAAGACCUUUGGGCAGGCUGCUUCUCUGAGGCGGCACCGCCAGGCGCAUGAGACCCGCACCCCUCCUGGCCCCUUCGCCUGCACUGAGUGUGGUCAGGACUUUGCCCAGGAGGCUGGGCUGCAUCAACACUACAUCCGGCAUGCCCGGGGGGAGCUCUGAGUGAAGGUUAAGCCCUCCCUAGGGCAGUGGGGGUUCUGUGGCUGCUGGAACCCACCUCUGGUAUAGGAUGGGGGCCUUGUAAGGAUUUGCUUCCCUCCCGGGACAGGCAAAGGACUUCUGAUAAAUAGGACCCAGAAGAUUCUCAUCUAGAGCUUCAGUCUUUGGAGGACACAAAGGCCUUCAGGGAUACAGUGAAAUUAGACAAUAGUGAAAUCUUUUGUUUAAAAAAAAAAAGGAAGCAAAAGGGAAAAUUGUUGUAUCUCCCUCAUUCCCAAUUAAAUAGUUUGAAAUCACAACUAGCUACA